CUGUUUUGUGGGACUAGUAAGAAUCAAGUUGGUAGGGAUUUCAAAGAUCAUAGAAAGUGAGCAUGACUGAGCCUUGUUAAGAUCUCUUACCAUAUUAAUCCUUGUGCAAGUCAAUGCAACAGCCAACUCUACAUGAACAAAUUCUCAAAAAAGUUAGGGUUUUUCCUAAUGUAAGGAUCAUUAAUUCAUGUCUGACUGGACCUAGAAUAUCUGCAACAUAUGUAUAUAUUUUUUCCCUCAAUUAAAACACUGAAACAAAUUGAAAAAAUGGUUGUCUCUGAAUUAAAGUGGAUAAAUAAAGGAAACAUAUUGAAUUUGUUUUCCUUCUUUUUUUCUUGUAUUCAUGAUCAAAAUAAGCUAAAACACAAAUUUCAUGAGGCAGAAAAAAAUAUUCAUAGAGAUAAUAUGACAUCCAGAGAUAAGAACAAGAAACUCAGAAAAGAAAAUAAGUGCCUCUGGGGAGAAAAUAAAGCUCUUCGACAGGAAAAUAUCAUCUUCAGGAUGGACAACCAGUUAAUCCAGGAAAGGAAUCGGUUCCUGAGACAGCAAAACCAUCACCUCUGGAAGUUUAAAAGUGUGAUUUUUGACAGCCAAAAUCCAUCUGGAGAAAAAAUCAGUGCCUCAAACACAGAAAGUAAGUCUUUUUGGCAACAGAAUCAAGCCCUGGAAGCUCAGAUCAAGGUACUUAGAAAGCUGGACAAAGCUUUCCAGAAUGAGGAGAAAGCUGUUCAGGAAGAGAUAAGAUUUCUCCAUGAGGAGAUCAAGGCUCUACGACAUCAGAAGAAAGCAAUCAAAAUGGAACUACAGGCCUUGAUGAAGGAGGGAAUAGCACUAGAGAUGGAAGAACAGGCUCUGUGGAAGGAAGAACAGGCCCUCCGUGAGGAGAACAAGGCUCUUAAAGAAGAGAACAACGCUCUUCAAGAGGAGGAAAAAGCUCUCUGGGAAGAGGCAAAAGUUCUAGAAGACUGCAACAAGAUUCUUCAGAGAAAAAUCAGCAAGCACACUUGUUGGGAAAAUAUAUAAUAAUGAGAUAGAACAGCAGUAUAACUUGGAAAAGUAACUAGAAAACCAUGACGAUCUUUGACAUUCCAGAAAAACAAAAAAAUUUUUGAAAGUGAAAUACCCCUUUGGGGUUGGAGUCAAAGGUCUUAAACAUACAGUUGGUUCUGGAAAUAAAAUAAAACCCU